GAGCGUCUCGAGCCAACAGCAGCAUCACAACCGAGUGAAGAUGGCGGCUCAGUGAUGCUGUCAACGAGACUGAGUUUACCCGUUUCUUUAAACUUGAUAUAUUCGUAAGGCUCUUUUUCGGAUAGCCGUAUCAAAGGAAAGUGUGUCGGUUGCUCCUGAACAAUUAAUAAUGGAGACUUUUCAUCUUCCCUCCCAGCCUCUUCAUUUCUCAGCCAACGCUGCACCUUUGUCAUUGUGAGGAAUUGAAUAUCAGGUAUCUGAACACAUGCUGAGAGCCACACACUUCCACCCAGGACAAAUCAACCGAUAGAGUGACCAAUUCAUCUAUCCACCAAGAUCAUUCGCGGCAGCAGAAAGGCACUGUGACACAUCCUGCGUCAUGGUGAACGUAUCGUCCAAGCUGGGCCUCUGCAGGGGGCACCGUUCACCCUCUCACCCCAGCGGUAAACACCAGAGCAUCAACUACUGAGGCCAACGGGGCAAAGUGGAGCACGCAAGCCUCAAAGCUCUCAAACGUUUCCCGAAGAGCCCUCUGUGUCUGGAGAUAAGGGCUCAUAUGAACACUGUGCAAACAAAAGUAAGCGACCAAACAGCUGAUCCUUUGGAAAGUGUUAGUGGAGGAGUGUCGAGAGUGAUCAAGAAACCCAAUCCUCUUAACCCCGGCCCGAGACGCCAGCCGAGCACGGAGAACCUGUGGAGGGGGUGGAAUAGCUGAGGGACCUCAUUGGAAUCCUUGCGCUACGGAGCAGCACGUGCAUUGUAGCAAAAGGCAGCAAUCGAGGCGGAGACACGAGUCAUGGGCUAUGGGGGCCAUGGUGACAUAGCAUAAAUGGCUACUCUUGACCCAAAGUUUGUGCCACUGUCUGCUGCUCAACCCUUUUCCUUUUUCCUUCUGUUUACCUCUCUGUCGUCCUUCGGCCUGCGAACGCUGCAACACACAGGCUGUCACCCUCCCCUCUGCCCCCCUAAUUUCCCCAGACCCGCUUUCGCUCCGUGGCCAUGGGGCUGUGGAAGUUAGUGCGGGGCGUCAGGCAACUCGAGCUCCACCGCCUCAUCAUGGCGCUCAUCAUCUUCUGCCUGCUCUCUAUGGCGUUCCUGGCCUACUAUGUGAGCAACAGUCCUAAAAUAAAAGAGGCGCCCCCAAUGCCCUUCAGUGACUGUGGUGGGGUGGUCGCGGAUGCGGUGGGAGGACAACGGGCUCCUCUUUUUCUACCUCCGUUUACAAGCCGACAAAGGACUGUUAAAACAGUGGAUAACUCGAAAACCGAGCCUGUGGUGCUGGUGUUUGUAGAGAGCAUCUACUCUCAGCUUGGCCAAGAGAUUGUGGCCAUUCUAGAGUCCAGUCACUUUCGUUACCACACCGAGAUUGCGCCCAGCAAGGGCGACAUGCCUACGUUGAUGGAGCGUGACGUUGGGCGAUACGCCUUAGUCAUUUAUGAAAACAUUCUCAAAUAUGUCAACUUGGACGCCUGGAACCGUGACCUGCUGGACAAGUAUUCCACUGAGUUUGGCGUAGGCAUCAUCGGCUUCUUCAAAGCCAAUGAGAACUCCUUGCUCAGUGCACAGCUGAAAGGCUUUCCACUUUUUCUGCACUCUAACCUGGGUCUACAGGACUAUCACAUCAACCCUGCAGCUCCAUUGCUUUACAUCACCAAGCCUAAUGAAGUGGAGCAGGGACCGCUUCCUGGUAACGACUGGACAGUUUUUCAAUCCAACCACAGCACCUAUGAGCCAGUGCUUCUUGCAGUCACAAAGUCCUCGGAAGCGCUGGCCCACCUUGGCCCUCACCGGGCUCUCCAUGCCACUGUUAUACAAGACCUAGGCCUUCACGACGGUAUUCAGAGGGUGCUGUUCGGCAACAACCUGUCAUUUUGGCUACACAAGUUGAUUUUUGUGGACGCCAUUGCCUAUUUGACAGGAAAGAGACUGUGCUUGUCCUUGGAGAGGCAUCUGCUUGUUGACGUGGAUGAUAUAUUUGUGGGAAAGGAGGGCACACGAAUGAAGGUGUCAGACGUGAAGGCUUUGCUGAAUACACAAAAUAAACUACGGGCACUAGUUCCAAACUUCACCUUUAAUCUUGGCUUCUCUGGGAAGUUCUACCAUGCAGGAACAGAAGAAGAAGAUGAAGGUGAUGACAUGUUGUUGCAGAACAGACAUGAGUUCUGGUGGUUUCCACACAUGUGGAGUCACAUGCAGCCUCACCUUUUUCAUAAUGUCAGUGUGCUGGCAGAGCAGAUGAGACUCAACAUGCAGUUUGCACAGGAACAUGGUAUUCCCACAGAUAUGGGGUACGCUGUGGCCCCCCAUCAUUCCGGAGUUUAUCCUGUACACAGCCAGCUGUAUGAGGCCUGGACGAGUGUAUGGGGGAUCACAGUGACCAGCACGGAAGAAUAUCCGCACCUGAGACCGGCACGACAUCGGAGGGGCUUCAUACACUCUGGCAUAAAGGUGUUGCCCAGGCAGACGUGUGGCCUUUUUACGCACACCAUCUUCUAUAAUGAGUACCCUGGAGGAUCUCGCGAGCUGGACAAAAGCAUUCGGGGAGGAGAGCUCUUCCUCACCAUCCUCCUUAAUCCUAUCAGCAUCUUUAUGACUCACCUGUCUAACUAUGGAAACGAUCGACUCGGCCUCUACACCUUCGAGUCUCUGGUGAAGUUUGUGCAGUGUUGGACCAACCUGCGCCUACAGACUCUGCCCCCUAUUCAACUAGCAGAGAAAUACUUCCAGAUCUUUCCAGAGGAGAUGGACCCCCUAUGGCAGAACCCCUGUCAUGACAAAAGGCAUAAAGACAUCUGGUCCAAGGAGAAGACUUGUGAUAGGCUACCCAAAUUUUUGGUGAUUGGCCCACAGAAAACAGGUACCACAGCUUUGCACUCGUUUCUCACCCUUCACCCUGCCAUCACCAGCAACUUCCCCAGCCCCGUCACCUUUGAGGAGAUCCAGUUCUUUAAUGGGCCUAACUAUCACAGCGGCAUUGACUGGUAUAUGGACUUCUUUCCCUUUCCCUCAAACGUCAGCACAGACUUCAUGUUUGAGAAAAGUGCCAACUACUUUGACACAGACCUGGUUCCCAAGAGGACUGCAUCCUUACUGCCCAGAGCCAAGAUCAUAGCAUUGCUUAUCAACCCGGCUGACAGAGCUUACUCCUGGUACCAGCAUCAGCGAGCGCAUCAGGACCCUGUUGCUAUAAACCACACCUUCCAUGAGGUGGUGACAGCUGGUCCCUCUGCAUCUAAAGAACUAUUGGUCCUUCAGAAUCGCAGCCUUAAACCGGGAACGUACACCGUACAUCUGGAGCACUGGCUGUUGCACUACCAGCCCAGACAACUCCAUAUCGUAGAUGGCACCCUGCUCCGAUCUAACCCAGCUCUGGUGAUGGACGGCAUCCAGCGGUUUCUGGGGGUCACACCCAUCUUCAACUACACCCAAGCCCUUGUUUUUGAUGAGGGUAAAGGAUUUUGGUGUCAGAGGUUGGAAGGAGGCCGUCCUAAGUGUCUGGGGAAGAGUAAAGGCAGGAAAUAUCCAGAAAUGACCCCUGAGACACGGUCCUUCCUGACAGAGUACUAUCGAGAGCAUAACCUGGAACUGUUGCGGCUGCUGAAUCGACUGGGUCAGGCUUUACCCUCGUGGCUCAGAGAGGAGCUGCAGAGCUCCAGCUGGAGCUGAGAGAACUUCACCUGCAUCCCCAGUAUCACAACACCUAAAAAAACAGUGUCCACUCAUUACAGAGAAACCAGGGGAAAGACUUUUCAUUUAAAGCCCUCCACGUGAACUCAGUUAAGAACUGUAGUAGCAGUGAUGAGACGAGCUGUGAUUAUGACAGACCGGUUUGAGACGGACCACAGAUAUGAGCAUUUCUUUGCUGCCAAGGUGCUGACAUAGGCUCAUUCUGAGAUGAAGAAGUGAAAGCGACCGACUUCCUCUUUUAAUAUGACAGGCCUGCUUAUUAGGACCAGAACACACUACAGAUCUGGACAAGCAUGAAUUUAAUGAUGACCGAAGAGUGUUGAAUACAAUCUCAUACGCUACAAAACACACACUGUCUAGCCUUGCUCAGCCCGUCUGAGGAGUGAUUGUAAAACAUUGUACAUUUCAAAGCAUUGUAUAUUUUGGGUUUGGGUGGGUGGGAUUGUAACUGAAUAGACAUCAGUUGAACGUGACAGCGUUUGUGUACAGACGGAGCUCCUUUUGAGCAGGACCACAAAUCUACAGCCCUUCUCUUUUCCACAGGCGCACACACACAAACGCACAAAGCUGGAUCAGAAACCAAACGGUAAGUGAGUAUAUGCAAUUGAGGGAGUCGUCUGUACAUUGUCACGUCUCCCAGUAUAAUCCAAUCUGAAGCAUUUUUGUCAAGUGUCUUAUCCCCGUAAUUAUCCUAGCCAUGCACUUUUCUCUACUCUACACACACACAGAUUGGUGAAAGUUCAUAUGUCGUAUGUAAGAAGCUGUGAAUGGGGAAAGAGAAUGGCUGGGAUACGAUUUGUGGUCAGUCCUAAACAAUGAGAAGCUGCUGUCUUGUUUUGUAAAAAAUGUAUUUUAAAUUCUCAACACAGUAUUAUCUCUAAUAAACUCUUAGAGAGGU